AUGAAAACAUCAAUACGUGAGCAAAUAAUGGCUCUUGCUCGACAAAUUUCAAAUAAAGGGCAAGGUGAAAGAGUAUUCAAAUCACAAACACCAGUUUAUCCUACCCAAUCAAGAGUAAAAAUAGAAAAUAAUGGGAAGUCAUCACCUUCUCGUUUUCAAGCUGGAGCAUCAAAUAAAUCAGUGCUCACUCGAUCUGCAACACAAGGCAACACAGAAAGAAAUCCAGCACCACCAGUGCCUCCAAAGCCUUCUAAUCUAAUAAAAAGCAAUACAAUCAGUGGAUCACCACGAAACAAUGUCCCAUCUACGGUUCCACUUGAAACAGUCUCAGGUACUUCUUCGCUCAAGGAUACUUCACGUCUCACAGAUGAAAAGUUAAAACCCCUCGAUACUUCAACAUUUGUUUCAACAACUACAAACUUAAAAUCGAACAUAUCUGAUCCCUGUUCGGUAUCAUAUUCACGUGCACAACCUACACAAGGAGAAGUAACUUUCCCUAAAGAAAAAACAGUAUCACAUGAAGAUAUUAAAGAUUCAUCUCUAACAGAAAAUUUAGCUGACACUUACCAAAGUGUGACAUCUAAGAUCCGCGGAAUUGGUACGGCUGCCACUCGUGAUCCUGUUAUACAUCAAAAUAUUUCUACUACGUUCAAAGAAAUUAAUAUUGUGUUGCAGAUCGAGUGA